AUGUCCGUCAAAGAAUUCCCCACGAUCAAGUCCAUCCGUACCUUCAUCACCGAUGGAGCAGGCUCCGGCGGUGAUUACCACAAUGUCGAGGGAGGCCACUGGCUUAUCGAUUCCCCCAUCGCAACUCCCAUGUCCAAGUUCGCGGCCUACAAGACCUCGCGCACAUCCUGGGGUAUCAACGUACUCGGUUCCUUCUGUGUCGAAAUCACAGCGACCGACGGCACAACCGGCUUCGCGACCGGCUUCGGCGGGCCACCGGCAUGCUGGAUCGUCUCCCAGCACCUCGAGCGAUUCCUUCUCGGCGCGGAUCCGCGCAACCUGAACCUCCUCUGGGACCAGAUGUUUCGCGCGACCAUGUUCUACGGUCGCAAGGGACUUCCGAUCGCCACCAUCUCCGUCGUUGACCUGGCGUUGUGGGAUCUGCUGGGAAAGAUCCGGAAUGAGCCGGUGUACAAGAUGAUUGGCGGCGCGACGCGGGAGACGUUGGAUUUCUACUGCACCACCCCCGAGCCCGUGGCGGCGAAGGAGAUGGGCUUUUUCGGCGCGAAGGUGCCGCUGCCGUACGGUCCCGACGAUGGCCACGUGGGCCUGAAGAAGAAUAUCGAGUUCCUCCGGAAACACCGUGAAUCCGUCGGUCCGGAUUUCCCGCUGAUGGUAGAUUGCUACAUGGCGCUCACGGUGCCCUACACGAUCCAACUGGCCACCGCCUGCCUCGACCUGAACAUCAACUGGUGGGAGGAGGUCUUGCACCCCGAUGACUUUGACGGCUUCAAGCAGCUCAAGCAGGCGCUCCCGCAGCUCAAGUUCACCACCGGCGAGCACGAGUACACCAAAUACGGCUUCCGAAAGCUGAUCGAGGGCCGCAAUCUCGACAUCGUACAGCCCGAUGUGAUGUGGGUCGGCGGUCUCACGGAGCUCCUCAAGGUCACCGCCAUGGCGGCCGCAUACGACAUUCCCGUUGUCCCUCACGCUAGCGGGCCGUACUCAUACCACUACGUGGUUUCUCAGAGCAACUGUCCGUUCCAGGAAUACCUCGCCAACUCCCCCGACGGAAAGUCCGUUAUGCCAGUGUUUGGAGACAUGUUCCUAGACGAGCCCAUACCCGUCAACGGAAAGAUGGCGGUGAGCGUACUAGACAAGCCGGGAUUCGGAAUGACGCUCAACCCGCGCGCGCGGUUGAUCGAUGCGGCAGGCAUCCUGAGCCCCAGCCCCGAGAGACCGUUGAGCGUGAAGAAGGAGCAGGAGGUGAAGACGAAUGGUCAGGCUACGAAUGGUGUUAGCAAGUAA